CACCGAAAAGAAUAAAGUUUCCAUAUGUGGCUGCAAGACAAGGAUCUCAAAUCCCUUCUUCCCAAAGUUAUUGUCUGAAAUGGAAAUCUCUAACUAAACCCAACAUGCGAGGUGGGUUACCUAGCGGCUAGCUGACCAUUGUUUCUCGGUUAAGAAGCUGACUCUCAGUCUCAGGCUCUUCCUUUACUCACUGCCAAUUUCCAGGUUACCAUUAAAACCCCACACCCACCCUUCCAUAGUUCCAUUAUUUCAGUUCUACUCUUUUACAUCCGACCACCUCCCGCCGGUAGAAAUGGAGCCCAAAACCUGCUCUGCCGCCACCGCGAAGGAUACCCAAAAGUUCACCUGGAAGAUCUCCAAUUUCUCCACGGUGAAAGAGACAAAACUCUAUUCUGAUACUUUCUCAGCUGGGGGCCACAAAUGGAGAGUUCUUGCUUAUCCAAAAGGGAAUGCAGUUAACCACUUCUUCUCUCUGUUCGUGGAAGUGGCUGAGACUGAAGCCAUGGCUGCCGGCUGGAGUGUGCCCGCCGGGAUCAGCUUGACUCUGGUGGACCAAGUCCAUGGCCGUUCCUCUGUAAAAAGUUUCAAACACACUUUCAAGGAAGUAGAGAAAGUGUUGGGUUUCAAAUCUUUCAUCCGAAACGGCGACCUUGUCGAUCUCCGAAAAGGGUUUCUCGUCAACGAUACUCUUCUUAUUGAAGCUCAAGUUUACACUGAAGCAACACCAACGGAACAAGCCGUUCCUAGACCCGCUGAAGAGUCUAAUCAACCUCAUGGAGCAGCUGCAGGAGAACCAAAGACUCCAACUGUUCACAUAGAUUCAGGAAGCGAAACAGAGAUUCAAGCUGAUGGGCCUCAAGCCUCGCUGUUUUCCAGUAAGGUUGCUCGAACUAGUACAACGACGAGUCCCCGGUCUUCUGCUUCACCAAGUGUCCAAUCUUUGAAGAGCCUGAUAUCAGAGCUUUCAACCAUGUCCAGCAGAUGGAGAUCAAGUUCUACCCCCGACUGCCUCGAGAAACAAAGUGAAGAGCUGGUGGAUCUCUUCGAGAUGUCCCUCGAGAAAAUAUCCAGAGCUGAUUUGUUCGAUGAAGUGGAGAAGAUCAUCGUCAAGGUUGCUGACAACGUGACUGACACUAUCAAGGUCAUGGUGCUGAAAGAUUUGGUGUCUCGUCUGGCAGAGUUCAAGGAGACAAUCCCCAAGGCUCUUUCCACUAUCGAGUCCGCAGCAUCUGUAGAGACCCGUAUUGUGGCUGCGUCCAAGAAUCUGGAGGCAAGGCUAGGUCACAGGGAGGAUCAGCUGAGCUCGUUGAAGACGGAAGCUUCGAGGCUGGAGGAGGUGGAGAUGAAGCUGGAGGCGGAUAUUCAGCAGAUGGUUGCUCUCAGGGACAAGACUCGUCAUCAGAAGGAUUCAACGAUAGCUGAGUUGGAGAAGGCCAGCCAGGAGGUUCUUGUGGAGCUGGACGAACUGAGGAGGAAUGACGAAGAACGCCAGCGAAUUGGGGAGAGCCGGUUGAAGGCUAAGGAAACAUUGGCUCAAUCGAACACAAGCUGGAAACUUUUCAAGGAGAACUUGGGGUUGUGAGAAGGGAUGAUUUGGAAUGAAAAUAGAGGAAGUAGGGAUGUAGAUGAUGACAAAAAAAUGUAGAUUUGCUUAUGCUAAUGAAACAUGUAACAGGAUCGUAGGUUAUUGACAGCUAAUGGGUAUGAAAUGAAGUAUGAACUGAACUUGGGAUACAAGGUUUUAUAUUCCCGGGGAGUGAGGUUGUUCUUAGGUAAUCAGUUUGUGGAGUGAGAACAAAAGCGUGAAAGUGUCUAUCUUAGAAGAAUAUGAUAUUGAGAGCGCAAAGAAAGCGCUAUUAUUAUAUUAUAUUUGAUUCUUUAUUUUAGCAUAUUUAAAAAAUAUUAUGCAAUAUAAUCAUUAAAAUACA